GUCUCACUCACCACCAAAUGAGCGCCCUUCCCGUCGAUGCACUGGCCAUGUCUUACUGGCUUGAAGUCACAGUCACAUCUGACUGAGAUAUUAUUAGACACUUUUUUCAUGCAGGCGGAGAGUCACGGAGAUUCUGACGAAGAACAAGAAGAAAGAUAUCCACCUCAGGCCACCCCUUCGGCCUGUUGUCCAAGCCCCCCAUGAAUAAACAUCUCGUCUGAUCACUCUUUUUCAGAUCUCCCCUCCAUCUUUCUGAAGAUUUCCCUUUCUAUUCUUUCAUGUGUGACAUUGUUCUUUAGUUUUGUCUUCAAUCCAUCAUGAAUUUUCCUAGAGAUACCCCUUCUUUUGAGGACAAAAUGCACUCCUCCGAACGGUCCACUUCUACAGACCGGGAGAGGCUCCUGGUAGAUGAGGAAGCCACCCACUGGUCGCAGAACAACAGUUCCUCAAAGGCGUUUCUCGGAGGACGGUGGCGGGUCUUGUUUAUCGUUGCAAUUGCAAUUCUGUCGUGUUUGAUCGGGGUCUUCCUCGGCCACAACCAACGGGACUUGGACAAGUCGUGCACGCGACGGACCACCCAAUACUCACCUGUCAUCGGACAAGUGGGACUCAAGUACCACCAACAACCCUUCAACGGCUCGCUCUUGAAGCAGAACAUCUUCCGUCAAGAUGCGAGCCCUGAAGUAGACGCUGCCUGGGAGUCCCUCGGUGCCAAUUUCCGAGCUGUCAGGGUCCCCGUCGAGGAUGCCCAGAAAUCCGGCUUGGCCGCGCAUCAGGUCAAGAUCCGGGAGAAGUACGGUGGCGGUUAUCCGGCGAAUGUGGAGGGAUUUCACCAUCUGCACUGCUUGAACCUCCUCCGCCAAUCUCUGUACUACAACUACGACUACUACCACAACCUGGGCACGGGUGCCUUCACCAACGACGAUUACAUUGUCCGCCACCACGUCUCGCACUGCCUUGACGUUCUUCGCCAGCAGCUCAUGUGCAGCCUCGACGUCGGGGUCCUCGGCCAAGUCUGGGUGCACCCGGAGCACCCGGAGCCUUUUGUGGAUUUCAACACGCAACACAAGUGCCGCAACUUCGACGAGAUCCGGGAAUGGGCGGCGAAGAAUCAGCUGCCGGAGACGGUGCCAUCGGAUUUCCUGGAGCCGCCCAAGUUGACCGAUCGGGUGUAUGCGGAGAUUCCGUGAGGCCAUGUUGUAGAUUGUGUAUAUAAUAUAAAUGUAGCAUGAUAAACAGCGACAUUGUUAUUUCAAUAGUUGUGGUUUGCAAGAAGGGAGAGAGUAUGACGAGGGUCAUUCGAGCCCUCAGUUAGGGCUUAUUGGUGAAGAGUAGUACAGAUCAGACAUCAGGUCCAUCAUCUCAUCUGGAACGACCUCCCUUCCGAACCUUUAA